GCAGCUCACUCUGCUGCAACGAGAAACGUGACUCCUCACCCCCCUCCCCGUGAAUAGUGUCAAUCGUGCAACAACAAAGUGAGAAGAGAGUGAGAGCAUAACACCAAAACUGACCGCGUCAAGAACCGACAGCCCACAGCUGACACUGACAGACGCUAGACCUAGACCUGAGCCAGACUAAUGGAUGUUUGGUCAACACACACAAGGCACGAGUCCAAACAUAAAGACUCCGUCAGAUCUCAGAGCAGAGAAAUCGACGCCCGAACUGUAGGGAUGGCCACCAACGAUGGAAAAGAAGAAGACGAAAUAACCACAAAGCAUUGGGGCGAGUUUGACGCCACACCGAUUGUCUCCAAUGAAAAGUCGACGAAGUCAAUAAUUGAAGACAUUUUCUACCUGUCCAAAACGCCAACACAACUUAGCAAAGAAAAUACACAGUCUUGCAUUUCAAAGUUGGUGCUUUUGCCUGAUGACCCGUCGACCAAGACAUCUACGUUCGACCUUGACUCGGAAAUUGACGAAAAUCUCAUGAGUUCUGUAAAGCUGAUGGAGAAACUCUCAAACUCUGGUGGCUCUAAUAUUGCUGGAGAUGCUGCAUUCAUCAUUGCAGAUUUUUCUGAGAACUCUGAACUUCAUCCCAAGUACAAAAGGCCUCCCCAAUCUUCGGGCAGUGCUGCUAUUACCAUUGACAACCCUGAAGAUGCCAGACUCGUACUCAGAAAGUCAAUUUCUGUCAUUCUCAUGCACAAUGAAAUCUUCCAAUGCAAGAGAUCUGUGUUGGAGUGCCUGGUGGACGUAGCUGGAAAAUUCAUCAAGAACUUGGGAGUUCAGCUGUCAUUAGCUUCAUCUUUCGGUGCUGCUUCCAAUGCGCCGAUCCUCGUGGAAGAAGCUGAGAUUGCUCUACACAAUGUCGGAAUCAAGGGCAUUGCAGAUGUGGUACAUUACUAUCGUCGUAACGUCAUUCACAGACACUUGUUUGUGGAGGCGUCGGUGAACCGCUUGCUUUCGAAAGACGAAAAUUCAGCGUCAGCUCAAGAGAAAUGAUGAAGACAAGAGACAGUUAAUAAAAUGCUUCUGCUGUGAUUAUAGAUGUUAAAAAUCAACUCUGAAAGUGCAAUAGUUCAAGUCUCAUUUGAAUAAAACUUGAACAGAAUAACUUGAUGGUCUGAAUAAUUAAUUGAAUGUUUGGUUAGUCUGCAAACAGCUAAUGUAUUGAAUUAUCAUGCUGAAAAUCAAUUCAAAUUAACUUGUCAGCCAUAGUAGGAUUAUGAAGCUAUUAAUAUUCAAAAGCCAAACUGUUCUGAUUGUGAUAAAAGAGAAGCAGGCCAGUUUAAACUCAAAAGGAUAUAAUUUGUAUAGAUCGCUAUAAUUUGAGUUGUCAUCUUAAAAUUGAUUUGUAUCUUGAAUGCCAACAAAAACUUGCAUUAUCACUAGAACUCCAUUUGGCAAAUAAAUACAGUGUCUCAAUAG